GCCUAUCGGGAGCACACCAAGGGUGAGAGCAUCUCUCAGAUGCUCAGCCAGGCCAUCACCAUCACCCGCACUGUGCACGCUGUGCUGGGGACAGCUGAGUUCUUUGAGUUCACCCUGAAGAACCCCUAUGGUGUCCAGCACACCGUGACCAUCGAGGUUGACCACCCCGAGCUCAGCCCCUCUCCCCGUCGGUGACUGGACCCAAGGGAGUGGCGGCACUUCAAGGAGCUGACUAAGAGCGUUACACCGGUGGAAGAGGAGAUGUUCCACCUCCGUGAUGACCUCAGGCCUCAGGUCUACCUGCGCCCCAAUGAGACUGUCCGCAUCCCCUUCAAAUACCAGACCUUUUCUGCAGACCCUGCUGUCAUGGCAGCACAGGGACCGUCAGGGCUGGGUGCUGGUGCUGACACAGCCAUCCAUUCCCUGGGCAAGAGUGGGGCUGGGCGGACAAAGCACAUCCAGGUUUCCUUCCAGGUGAGUGGGGGGAAGCCCAUCGCGCUCCUGCGGGUGAAGGUGGAGCCGCAGCCCCAUGUGGUGGAUCAGACCUUCCGCUUCUACCACCCCGAGCUCACCUUCCUGAAGAAGACUAUUCGGUUGCCCCCCUGGCACACCCUCCCUGGCACACCAGUGGGGAUGCCAGGGGGGGAGCCCGAGAUGUAUGUCCGCUGCAGUGACCCAGACAUCAUUUGUGAAACCAAAAACAUGGGACCUGGGGAGCCACAGGACAUCUUUCUAAAGGUAGCUGGAGGACCAAGCCCACAGAUCAAGAAGUUCUUUGUUGCUAUUUAUGUGGACCCCUGGCUGGCAGCACCCAUCCAGAUCUGGCAGUUCUACCUGCACUCGCUGCAGCGCCUGGAUGUCAGCUGCACGGCCGGGCAGCUCACCCGCCUCUCGCUGCUGCUCCGGGGCACGCCAGCACCGCGCAGGGUGCAGGUCUUCACCUCCCACCCGCAGGAGCUGGAGGUGGAUCCGGAUGGUGCCUUCCUUCUCCCAGCCAACGGCAUCCAGGACCUGUAUGUCGGUGUGAGGCCUCGGCGGGCUGGCAGCAGGUUCAUCUACCUCAACCUGGUGGAUGUGGAGUCCCACCAGCUGGUGUCCUCCUGGCUGCUCUGCGUGGCCUGUCGGCAGCCUCUCCUCUCUCACGCAUUUGAGAUCUCACUGCCUGCAGGCGGAGGGAGAGGCUGCAACAAGCGCAUCACCUACACCAACCCCUACCCCUCGCCCAGGCUCUACUUCUUGUGCACCAACCGGCCUGACCUCCUGCAGUUCAAGGAGGACUCCUUUGAGGUUGCUGGUGGGGAGGUGUACACCAUCGGCUUGCGCUUCGCCCCCAGCCAGAGCACGGGUGAGGAGGAGAUCCUGAUUCACAUCAACGACCACGAGGACAAGAACGAGGAGACCUUCUGUGUGAAGGUCCUCUACCAGUGA